UUAGGUAAUGCUGCAUUAUAGUGUUGUGUAUGUUACUGUUGGUGUUUGUAUACCAAACUCUAUUCUUAAGUAAUCGUGUUUUCUUCUAGUGUUCAGCUGUCUGCACGUUUUACAGUAACAAACACAAUUUAAUAGCUCAAAUGGCUUGUUAACAUUAUGUAAUAUAAUGACAUACUGUACGUAGACCUAUACAGUAAAAUAUAAUCCUUAUAAUUACGGACAUUCACCAGAGGGAGGCGUAUCUUUCUAUUCUGUAAUUAUGAAUUCGUGUACUGGCUUUUUCUUAGGUUACUGUCAGAUCAUUAAGCCAUUAAAGAGUGAAUCAGAUGCACACUCACGUUUAUUUCACAGGUAACCCUUCUUGGUGGAAACACUUAUUCAGAUUUUUUUUUUUACUUCAUGUUUUCUUUUAUUGAGCUAUUUUUAAAUGAAAACAAAUGGACCGGGAAUCGGUUUUAGUUUAAACUUAAAGGUUAAGGUGCUGUAAAAGACCCCUUGAAUAAUGUCACUGGUAGCACAAUGAUCAGAUAAAGUGAAUGUGUUGUAAGUGCCUGAGUGUCAAUUGCGAUCAAGAGCACGCGCUCCUGCGCGCUCGCCCGCGCGCUUCAGUGUCACUGGCGCUCCGAGCGCUGACAGCCUGCUGCCGCUGCUGCUGCUGGACGGGAACUAUGGAGGAGAAACACAAGGAUGAAAGCCCCAAAGACCCACAAUCAGCAUCCUACCAGAGAAGAAUGUGGAGGAAUUUCCAAGAGAAGACCAAACCGUUUUUGAGCCCCAAACUGGGGUCCGAACGACGCAGCGGGGAUAGUAAAAAAGAAAGCGGGUUAUGGAUGUUUAAAAGAAAGAAAAAACAGGUUCUGGACCGGGUCUUCUCGUCCUCGCAGCCCAAUCUGUGCUGCUCAACUCCACCGUCUUUCGUAGGCGAUAGUACCCUGUGCGAGCAGCCGGACACCAGCGCCGGCAAAGGGCUCGGGAUCUCACCGCUGGCCGUAGCUGAUGGAGCAUCAGUCAGUAAACCGGAGAUUUCCGUAUCUGCGCACGGGAGCCCGAAGCUGUUGGUGGCUCAUCUGGCGAUGUCCCAGCAGAAGAGCUCGUCCUUGGGCUCGACGUGCUUCGAGAAGCUGGUGGUGGAUUCGGCAGCAUCCAGUGAGGAUGAGCUGGCCAAAAACGCCAGUGACCUGGGCAUCAAUAUUGUGGAAGCAAGUAAUGAAGAACUUCAUCCCCCUUCAAAGCCAGGAAUGUAUCAACUGGACAUUGUGUUGAAGAAGGGCAAUAAUCUGGCCAUCAGGGACAGGGGAGGGACCAGUGACCCAUAUGUGAAGUUUAAGAUCGCAGGGAAGGAGGUUUUCCGCAGCAAGACAAUCCACAAAAACCUGAACCCAGUAUGGGAAGAGAAAGUCAGUCUGCUGGUGGAGAGUUUGAGAGAGCCACUCUAUGUGAAGGUCUUUGACUAUGACUUUGGACUGCAGGAUGACUUCAUGGGCUCUGCAUAUCUCUAUUUAGAGUCCCUGGAGCACCAAAGGACUUUGGAUGUGACCCUUGAACUCAAAGAUCCCCACUAUCCUAACCAUGACUUGGGUUCACUGGAACUGGCAGUCACACUUAUUCCAAAAGAGGGAGACUUCAGGGAAACAACCAUGCUUAUGAGAAGGAGCUGGAAACGAUCCAGUAAGCAUCAGAGUCUGAGGUUAUCAGAUGUUCACAGGAAGUCUCAGCUGUGGAGAGGCAUAGUAAGCAUCAGUCUCAUUGAGGCCCAUGACCUCCAGCCUAUGGACGCCAAUGGCCUCAGUGACCCUUAUGUCAAAUUCAGAAUGGGACAUCAAAAGUACAAAAGUAAGACGAUACCAAAAACACUAAACCCCCAGUGGAGAGAGCAGUUUGACUUCCACAUGUAUGAUGAACAGGGCGGUUUCAUUGACAUCACCGUCUGGGACAAAGAUGCAGGGAAGAAAGAUGACUUUAUGGGCAGGUGCCAGGUGGACCUCUCUCUUCUGUCAAAAGAGUGCACACACAGACUGGACGUGCCUCUGGAGGAGGGUGAGGGCACGCUGGUGCUGCUGGUCACCCUCACAGCCUCUGCUGCUGUCUCCAUCGCUGACCUGUCUGUCAACAUAUUGGACGACCCCCGUGAGAGGAAAGAGAUUCUUCACAGAUACAGUCUUCUCAGAUCCUUUCACAAUAUUAAAGACGUGGGCAUGGUGCAGGUGAAGGUGAUCCGAGCGGAGGGGCUGAUGGCAGCUGAUGUUACAGGCAAGAGUGACCCCUUCUGUGUAGUGGAGCUAAGCAACGAUCGGUUACAGACGCACACCGUGUACAAAAACCUCAACCCAGAGUGGAACAAAGUCUUCACGUUCAAUGUGAAAGACAUCCACUCAGUCUUAGAGGUGACUGUCUAUGACGAGGACAGAGACCGAAGUGCCGACUUCUUGGGCAAAGUGGCUAUACCGUUGUUAAACAUCCAAAAUGGAGAACGCAAAGCUUACGCCUUGAAAAGCAAGGAACUGACAGGGCCAACCAAAGGGGUCAUCUUUCUCGAAAUAGACGUGAUUUAUAACGUUGUAAAAGCCGGCAUGAGAACUUUGAUUCCCAUCGAGCAGAAAUACAUCGAAGAGGAGCCAAGGGUUUCCAAACAGCUGCUGCUGCAGAACUUCAACAGAAUGAGGCGCUGUAUCAUGUUCCUGAUCAAUGCUGGCUGCUAUAUCAACAGCUGCUUUGAGUGGGAGUCUCCUCAGAGGAGCAUCUGUGCCUUUCUGAUUUUUGUUGUGGUCGUGUGGAAUUUUGAGCUCUAUAUGGUGCCGCUGGUUCUCUUGAUGCUGCUGGCCUGGAACUACAUUCUCAUUGCUUCAGGGAAGGACACGAGACAGGGAGAUGUGCAAGCUGUGGAGGAUUUGCUGGAGGACGAGGAGGAAGACUUUGACAGAGAUGACAAGGUGCCGGGUUCAGUCCCCUCCCAGGAUGGCCGGCUGCCGGAAAGCCAUAUCCUUGCGGAUAUUUUGGCUUCUUGGCACUUUGAGUGGAUUCGCGUGAUGGUGGACUCAGAGAGAAAGGGUUUCAUGAACAAGCUGUAUGCCAUUCAGGAUGUGUGUAUCAGUGUACAGAAUGCUCUGGAUGAAGUGGCCUCCUAUGGUGAGAGGAUAAAGAAUACUUUCAACUGGACUGUGCCUUUCCUCAGCUGGCUGGCCAUAGUGGCCUUGUGUGCGGCCACUCUUGUGGUGUACUACGUUCCUAUCAGAUACAUAGUUCUGGCCUGGGGUGUGAACAAGUUCACCAAAAAACUGCGAGACCCAUACAGCAUCGACAACAAUGAGCUGUUGGACUUCCUGUCCCGAGUGCCCUCAGACGUUCAAGUGGUGCAGUACCGAGAGCUGAAAGUGGACCCCAGUCACAGCCCAAACAAAAGAAAGAAAAAUAACCCAGGAUAGCUCGUCUCCUCGCACGGACGCUCUCCCAACGCCAAGGAAAAGCAGAGAACUGCCCGGCAACCAGCCUCUUUCUGCCUUUCUUCCUUACUCUUUUUCUGUUUCAGCUGCGGCGUGGAGAGUUAAAGAGCUCGGUCAGAGUGAAAACGGGACCAUUGUUAAUUACCAUCCGUCCUUUUUUAGGUUUAUUUUUGUGGCGAGGAGAGCGGCAAAAGCUCUUGACCCCUUUUAGAGUCAAACAGACUGGGUUAUUUGUCAGCUCUUGCCACUAGCCAGACAGCUCUAAAAGCCAAGGUGUCCUUCCACGGCAGCAAAGGGAGCCGUUCUAACCACAAAUAGCAGGAUCAGCUGAUAAUACGCCCACCUGUGCCGACACACCUCGCCUCUACAGAAGGGAAAACGAUGGUGGUUAAGUUACAGUUUGCACCCUACAAUUUGCACGGCACGGUAACUGCCAUAUCUAAAGCUAUCCGCAGCUGUUGAGCAGCAGUUAUCAGAGUCGACAGCUGAGCCCGUUACGGUCCGAUUUAUGGCUGUAACUAAAGUGCUCAUGGAAACAACUUAAAAAAAAAAAAAAAAAAAGCCAUGACAGUGAGGUUUGCAGUAUCUUUACUUCGUUUUGAUGUUCUUUUAACAGUAUGAAUGAUGCAUGCUGGGAUUGUUUAUUGUAAACCUUCUUUGACCAAUAGUAGCCAUGGCAGUGUCAGCGUUGUCCUCGUAGUGGGAAUUAGGGAGUUUACGUACCCUUGCAUCAUCCUUUGCUCCCAUAACGCCGUGCAGUGCCACUACACUAAUAAAGAUGUCAGUCUGGGCCACCGAGUGGAGAGAGAGGCACGUUCCCAUUUGAAAGCAACUUCCUCUGUCAUCUCCCCAUGCACCACAACUCUGCAGCCAUUCGCCCGACCUUCUGUGCCCACUCAAACUUUGAUCUUCAACUCUCAAGGCUGAGCGUGCAUGCCUGUUUUACAGAGGAAAAAAUGUCCGAAAUCUUUAGAAAAAUCCCGAACUUGAAGGGCGAAUGUCUGUGUGUGUUUUCAUUGCUGUGGAUUGGCUGCUUGACAAGAAGUCGAUAGUGUGUGACAGGCUGCUUUAGGGCCUCGGGGGGUACCGGAGGGCAGAGGUUUACUGACGCCACUGUGGAGAAAAAGGAGGACGCGGGCUGCUUUUUUGGAGCUCCUCCUGUCAUUCCGCUCUGUCAUUUCCUCUCCUUCAUCCAUCCGCUUGCGAGGGAGGUCACGGACGGGUCCGCGGGGUGCUCUUGAGGGACCUCGGCAUUGCGAGCGAUGAAAGAUCACAGCACGGGCUACAUCAGAAAGGAUACAAGCCUCGUCCCUCUGCCUCCCUCCUUACUUCUCAUUUGCCAUAUCGCAUCUAUCUUAUGGAAAGACCAUUGAUUUGUUGGAGGGAAUUCCAUUACAAAGACAACACAAUCCCCACUGAGCAGGACACGGACGGUACUUCAAUGACUUGUGUUUAAAAAAAAAAAAAAAAAAAGCCAAUAACACCCAGAUGAUCUGAACAGCAGAAAGGAUAGUUUUCUAAGCCUGAAUGUGUUUCUGUGUACUGUACGUGUUGAUUGGA